AUGAGGGCAUACUGGUACGAUAACAAGCCGGGCGACCAGCGCGAGCCGCACGACUCCGGCCGCGCCGUCUCGGAAGACAAGCUUGCCUCCCUGGGUGUGGUGUACCACCACUGCCCGACCCUCGAAGCCGUCGACAAGCUCGCCGCCGAGCGGGGCUACAAGAACCGUGACCAGGUGUGCGUGUCGCCAGCGACUAUGGGCGACGUUUACGAAGAAAAAGUCAAGUCGUUCUUCGCCGAGCAUCUGCACGAAGACGAGGAAAUCCGGUACAUUCUUGACGGCGAGGGGUACUUCGAUGUGCGCGGGCAGGAAGAUGAGUGGAUCCGCAUCUGCCUGAACAAGGACGACAUGAUUAUUCUGCCCGCGGGCAUCUACCACCGUUUUACGACGAAUGAGCAGAACUAUGUGAAGGCUAUGCGUCUUUUCCAGGAUGAGCCCAAGUGGACGCCGUUGAACCGGGGUGCGGAGGUUGAUGUUAACCCUCACCGCAAGACAUAUGUUGAAUCCGUGCUCAAGCCUGCUGCAGUGGCUUAG